CGCGAGUUUCGCACGCAGCGGUACGAUGACAACAACGCACCGUUGAUGUAUGUCCGCAUUCAGGUUGGGCAAGCGUCCUGCAGCGCUUAGCUGGAUAGCGGCGCGACUCGCAACUUCAUGAGCCAAUCCUUUAUGCAAAGGGCUGGCCUUGGCGCACAGGUUCGGAGGAAGGCAAUCCCGACGGCAAUCAAGUUGGCGGACGGUAAGACGCAGCAACUUCUCGACCGUUACAUCGAGGCCGUACCGGUCUACUUCGCACCUCAUGCAUGCGAACCGGUCACGUUCGAUAUUCUCGACAUGGACUUCGACAUCAUUCUGGGAAUGCCUUGGCUUGCAAGUGCGGAUCACAUGGUCAACUUCCAUCAGCGGACUCUUAGCGUUCGCGACGCCUUCGGCGCGGAAGUGGCGUGUACUGUUCCUCUACCGCACUCUUCGAUCCGGUGCCAAGUGGUAACGGCCAAAUCAUUCCGGGCGACUUGUGCCUACGAGCAGCCCGACGAGAUCGGCCUAUGUUUCCUACAGACCGUCGCGGUAGCCGACUCUUCCCCCACGGACUUGUCUUCGGACCCCCGUGUGGUGCGGUUGCUGGACGAGUUCGCCGAUAUCUUCGAGUCACCUAUCGGUGUGGUGCCGGAUCGGCCGAUCUCUCACGAGAUCAUUCUUGAGGCCGGUGCUGUGCCGCCGAAAGGUUGCAUCUAUCGGAUGAGCGAGGAGGAGCUUGAGGUACUCCGCGCACAACUCGAUGAUUUGUUGGCCAAAGGCUGGAUCCGCCCGAGCAGCUCCCCAUAUGGAGCACCUGUUCUCUUCGUCAGGAAGAAGAACAAGGAUCUACGAUUGUGUAUCGACUGCCGCAAGCUCAAUGCGCAAACCAUGAAGAAUGCGGGGCCUCUUCCUCGCAUCGACGAUCUUCUCGAGCGACUGGGCGGCACAAAUUAUUUUUCCAAGUUGGAUUUGAAAUCGGGAUAUCAUCAAAUCUCGAUCCAGCCGCACGAUCGCUACAAGACCGCGUUCAAGACACGGUACGGGCAUUUUGAGUGGGUGGUCAUGCCUUUUGGCCUCACCAACGCCCUGGCGACGUUCCAGGCGGCGAUGACCAACGAGUUUCGUGCAAUGUUGGACCGGUUCGUGCUGGUCUACUUAGACGAUAUUCUCGUCUACAGCCGGUCAUUGGAGGAUCAUCUGGGGCACCUUCGACGAGUGUUGGAGACGCUCCACCGCGCCAAGUACAAGGCCAACCGCGACAAGUGUGAAUUUGCCCGGCAGGAGCUGGAAUACUUGGGCCAUUUUGUCACAUUGGAGGGCAUCAGUCCGCUAUCGGACAAGAUUCAGGCCGUCCAGGAGUGGCCGGAGCCUUGGAACGUCACGGAAGUUCGCUCGUUCCUUGGUCUUACCGACUACUAUCAGCGCUUCAUCGAAGGCUACUCCAAGAUCGCGGCCCACUUGAACAAGCUUCAGUGCGAGGAUCGUCCGUUUGACUUUCGAGAGGAGGCGCGGGGAUCAUUCCUCGCUCUCAAAGCCGCGCUAUUGUCUGCGGAGGUCUUGCGAAUCUACGACCCGCUCGCACCUACGCGUGUCACUACGGAUGCGUYASGAUAUGGCAUUGGUGCAGUCCUCGAGCAACAUGAUGGUGUGGACUGGCACCCGGUCGAGUACUUCAGCAAGAAAGUGCCCCUCGUGCAUUCCAUCGACGAUGCACGCAAGAAGGAGCUCCUCGCCUUCGUCCACGCGCUCAAGCGGUGGCGGCACUUCCUCCUUGGUCGAAGCCAAUUUCGCUGGUUCCUCGGUUAUUACAAACAUCACAUAUCUGUGCAUGUAACACUGCCUUUGAUCAGGGAUUGUUCUCAGAAUAGCGCACUGUUUACAGAUCUGAGCGCAGGCGUAGGCCACAGCAACAGUAUAAGGUUAGAUUUGCCUAUCAGGAACCUACAGAAGAUCGCUGGUUCACAAGGGAUGAACUAAUUGAGACAGCACCACAUAUUGUGUCUUAUUAUGAGAGAGCUAAGAGAGGAAUUAACAUAAUGGACAGAUAAAGUUGAUAACUUUCU